AUGACGCGACACUCCUGGAGCCGCGCCGCGUCGCUCGGCGCGGGCGCGCUCCUGUUCGCGCAGCUUCACGUGCAAGGCGUGUUCGGCCUCGGGCAGGACAGCUGCGUCGCGUUCACAUCCUCGCCCUCCUUGUUCGCCAUCGUGAGCGGCGGCAAGGCGGCCCCGAUCUUCCUGUCCGAAGACGAGUGGCCCGGGGUGCAGCGCGCGGCGAGCGACUUCGCGUCGGACAUCCUCGGCGUCGCGGGGGUGAAGCCGUCGCUGAUGAACGUCACGGCCUCCUCCACCUCCUUCCCAAGCUCUACUCCGGUCCUCAUUGGCACGCUGGGGAAAUCGUCGCUGAUCGACGCGGUCGUCAACCGCACAAAGCUCGACGUGUCGUCGAUCGAGGGGAAGUGGGAGGCGUUCAUGUCCGCGGAGGUGGCGAAUCCGUUGCCGGGGAUCCAGAAAGCGUACGUCAUCGUCGGUUCCGACAAGCGUGGGUCGAUAUAUGCGCUGUAUGAGCACUCGGAGCAGUUCGGCGUUUCUCCUUGGUAUUGGUGGGCAGACGUCCCCACGACAAAGCAUAACAACCUCUUCGUCGCUUCGUCCGGAUGCUCGCACGGCACACCGACUGUCAAGUAUCGUGGAAUCUUCCUCAACGACGAGCAGCCUGCGCUACAAAGCUGGGCCAUGGAGAAGUUUACGAACGGAACGGGAGCAUCUUUGACCGGCUCUCCCUUCAACCACUUGUUCUACACCAAACUGUUCGAACUCCUUCUGCGCUUGCGGCCAACUACAUGUGGCCAGUGGAGCAGCGCGUUCGGGGUAGACGAUAGCCAGAACCAGCCCCUCGCAGACUGGUACGGCAUCGUCAUGGGUACUAGCCACGAAGAGCCGAUGAUGCGCUCUGUCCCAGUGGAAUGGGGACUCUUCGGGGGGCGCGGAGCGUGCUCGCCCUACGAGAACGUGAUCACCAUUGGCAUGCGGGGGAACGGCGAUUUGCCUUUGGAGUCGGAAGGAGAUAAGAUUACGCUCAUGGAGAAGAUCGUGAAUGAUGAGCGCCAGCUGCUCCUCGAUGUAUACAACACGACCGACCCGACGACCAUCCCUCAAGUUUGGACAUUAUACAAGGAGGUUCAGCAGUACUACGACGAAGGCAUGCCUGUCCCCGAUGACGUCAUGCUUAUGUGGACCGACGACAACUGGGGAAAUGUACGACGUUACCCGGUCGUCAGCGAGCGGAACAGGACGGGAGGAUCAGGAGUGUACUACCACGUGGACUACGUUGGCGACCCUCGCGACUACAAGUGGAUCACGAGCAGUCAGAUCGAGAAGACUUUCGAUCAAAUGUCGACCGCCGUUGCACGCGAGGCCACAAACAUCUGGAUUUUGAACGUCGGCGACCUCAAGCCCUACGAGAUGCACACCGAGUUCUUCCUGACAUACGGCUACGACGCGACGAAGUGGAACCCGACGAACCUCCGCAGCUUCGUCACAGGCUGGGCACAACGUGAAUUCGACCUUUCUGCAUCCGACGCUGCCGAAGUCGCGAACAUCGUCGCGAACGUCACCCGCCACAACGCUCGCCGCAAACCCGAAAUGUGGAACUCGACCACGUACAGCUUGACUCACUAUCGCGAGGCGGAGAACGUGCUUGCAUCGCUGCAAUCUGCCGCUGACGCCGCUUCGAGAAUUUACGGCUCCCUUUCCGCUGCGGCGAAGCCGUCAUUUUUCGAGCUCGUCUACCACCCGGCGCAAGCGACCUUCACGCUCGCCUCGAUGUGGAUCUCCGCUGGCAUCAACAACCUGCGUGCAUCACAGGCGCGGAUCAGCGCAAACGAGUACAUGGCCCAAGUCGAGCAGCGGUUCGACGAAGACUACGCUCUCGAGGUGGACUACCACGGUCUUUUGGAAGGGAAAUGGGACCACAUGAUGGACCAGACUCACGUCAUGUACUACUACUGGCAGCAGCCUAUGGCUAACACCAUGCCAUUUGUGACGAAGAUGCAGGCCACGAAGCAGGCGCUGUCAGGUGCCAUGCGCAUUGCAGUGGAAGGGAGCGAGGGAGCAUGGCCAGGUGACAACGUCAACAACUGCGCGCAAGGGUACAACUGUGGAAAUCCGUCAUUGACCCUAGACCCUUUCGUACCCACGGGCAAUCGUUACGUGGACGUCGGCGCUGGUGGACCUUCCCCUUUUACGUUCACCGUCUCUAGCAACGCGUCUUGGGUGACGCUCUCUACCACCAAAGGCUCGAUAUCCACCGACAACAGCGAAGAACGAGUCUUCCUGGGGGUUGACUGGGACAAGAUCACCGGAGUGCAAGCUGCAGUCGUCACUAUCAAGGCCACUAUACCCGGUCAAUCGUCCAUGUCGGUCCCUGUUACGUUGACCGCAGACAAGACCGUCGUCCCGAGCGACUUCCAUGGCUUCGUCGAAAGCGAUGGUGCAGUUUCCAUCGAGGCGGCUCAUGCCAUGCGCAAUUCCAGCGUCGAGGGCAUUGCCUGGACAGAAAUCCCUGGCCUUGGUCGCACGUUGUCCGGCAUCACUCCAUGGCCCCGUGGCGGAGCCGAGCUCAACUUCACCGCAGGCAGCGGCCCGAGCAUCGAGUACGACUUCUACCUCUUCAACACGAAGAACCAAGGCGGAAACGUCACCGUCACGACCUUCGUCUCCCCGUCGCUCAACAGCUUGGGCGACAGCCGCCCGCUCGGCAUCGCGCUGCAGAUCGACAACGGGACGCCCAAGACGACUUACUUCGUGCCCAAAACCGCCGCGGGCCAGGUGACGCCCGCCCCGUGGGGCGGCGCGGACGGCUGGGUCGCGAACAGCAUCAUCUCAGUGCCGAUGGUGCUCCCCGUCCAGCCCGGGGCGCAUACGCUGAAGGUGUGGAUGAUCGAGCCGACGGUGGUGGUGCAGAAGAUCGUCAUCGACACGGGUGGAGUGCAGAAGAGCUAUCUUGGUCCGCCAGAGAGCGACGUGGUCAAGAUCCAGAACUCGUGCGCAACGGAAGCCUUCGUUCUCCCCCAGCUAGCGGAGAAGAUCCAGAAGGCGUGCGAAAUAGCUCGCAACCACGGCUUUCGUUACAUCUGGAUCGACACGUGUUGCAUCGACAAGACCAGCAGCGCGGAGCUCUCCAAAGCUAUCAACUCGAUGUACAACUGGUAUCGCUGCUCGAAGGCUUGCUACGCCUACCUUGUCGACGUUGACGACCGCGAAGAUCCCCAUUACUAUCACUUACUCGGCAGCAUCUGGUUCCGAUUGGAAGUUAUCGGGACGAAGCACCAACUAGCCGACUUCAUCGCGGGCCGCACUCGUAUCAAUGCCAAGAUCCUUCGACACGAGAGUACCCUCACCGAUGUGUGCGUCGCGGAGCGUAUGUUGUGGGCGUCGAGACGACAGACGACCGAAGAGGAGGACAAAGCAUACUGUCUCAUCGGGAUCUUCGGUGUUCACCUCACUCCUAUCUACGGCGAAGGGCAACACGCUUUCACCCGUCUACAGCGCGCCAUCCUCGAGCAGAUUCCCGAUCAAAGCAUCUUCGCAUGGGGAAUACGACCUUCCUUUCCCCUUUCGCUCAACAAGCCUCUUCAACGACGUCAGAUGACGGUGGCGACCAGCGUACAAGUCAGUGGCUACCAGUCGUCCUACCUUCUCGCGGCGUCUCCUCUGGACUUCGAUUGCUCCCUCGACAUCAUUUCUAUCCCUCUACAUACCCUUUCCUUGCGCUUGGGCAUCCACGUCACAUAUCCCGACUACACGACUACGUCAUACGGCAUGCGCACCUCAUUCCCCCUCCUUCCAUUCUACGACGACAACGGCGCCGAGCUCAUGCUGGCCUUUUUGGCAUGCGUAGACGUUACGGGACGUCUGAUCGCUCUCGUCCUUCGCCCUUCACAAUCGCAGUCUUCGAGCGCGGAGAUGUUCGUGGGGGCCAUGUUCCCGCAAAACAGAACGCAAGUGUCCGUGGACGCGACGCGAUUGCACGACACUGGUUCAAGGAUCCUCUCGGACUACUAUCGCCUCAGCCUACCACUGGAAGAGCAAACGAUCUCCCGAGACGCCCACAUCCACCAAGCGCUCUGCAUACUUCAUCCGUCCGAAAGACCGCAAGUUACGCUCGCUCGCUGGUGUACCCCGCUCCUCACCAAGCAAGGCUAUUCCGUGUCCCACCUCAACGAGUAUCACCUCCGGCCACCUGAGUUUACCCUCUAUUACCCCGGUAGCGCGACCGUCAACAUCCGAAUCGAACAUUGCGCAUGCGAGAACGGACGCCAAACGGGUCUUCUCCGCGCUGUCUUAUCUCCAUCAUCUCAUACACAGCAAUCCACAUCCCCCUCCGACCACCGCGGCGGAUUCCGUUUCACAGGUCCACCAAGGUGCCACGACGACCACAUUCAGUCGUGGGAUCUUCGCGACGGCGUUGCUACCAAGACGUUCCCUCUACCCUCAAAAGGAACCACAAAACGUCGUCUCCGUCUUACGCUCAGUCUCACGGAGACGGGGCAUAUCCACUCGAGCAAGACCUACGUUCUGGACAUCGAGGUCCUACACCGUUCGAUCGAUGGCAGGACCGCGUCAGAUAUCGUAUCACACUCUCCGCAAGAUGACAACGACUCUGUGGAGCAGCGCUUCGAGCGGACCCAAGUUGUGCCUCCGAAGACACACGCCGCCGCGAAGGAACGAACCGCGCUCCUAUCACAACACGUUCGCGUUCGGUAG